AUGCGCCGCAAUACUUUGACGCCAGCUCGUGGCCGCUUAUCCCUAGCAUACCCUUCAAGUCCCGUACCCGAAAAAAGAAACGUGCGCAGCUCCUCGUAUCAAGAACAAUGCAUCACAAACGUGCAGUCAUUUCUCGAAGAGCACAACUACGAAAACACAUCGCAUAAAAGCGUACGCAACCCCACACUCAAAGAAUUCCAGAACCUUUUCAAAUUCGUAAUUUCAUUUUUCUACAAAAACUGGGAGUGUAAGCGCUUUGAAGACGAUGCAAUGCUGCUUAUCAAACAGAUCAAGUAUCCGUACGUAAACGAGAUUAACAAGAGUCAUUUGGUGACCACAUCUCCACAUUCAUGGCCGGUUGUUCUGUCAUUUAUCAGCUGGAUGGUAGACAUGGUACGAUUUGUUGGAGUGUGUGAGGCUGAGGAGACCGACAUGUUCUUGGAGUGCUGUUUUGAUGGGUAUCUGCGAUUCAUGGAGGGUGUUGACAAUCAUUUUGAGGACAGGUUGAGCGAGCAGUUCAGGAAGAAACAUGAGAUGAAGAUAAGGGAAUAUGAGGAUAGGAUGGAUAGAAAGAGGGAUCUAGAUGAUAAGCUGGGAGAGUGGGAGAUGAACGGAGAGAAUGCAGCGCUUAAGAGAAAAAUUGAGGAGCUUGAGGACGAUAGGAAAUCGAUAAUGGAUGGUUUUAAGCAACUUGAGGUAAAAAAGGAAAAGUACCAGAAAAUAACUGAAAAGUAUGCAGAGGAGAUUAAAGAUCUGAACGAUGGUAUGGAUGCGCUUCAGAGUGAACGGAAUAAGCUGAAGGAGUGCAUAGGUAAGCAGAGGAUAAACGUGGACAGUUACAAAGAGAUGAAUGGGCGGAAGAAUGAGCUACUCAAGCAGCUUGAAAGGAUAAAACCGGAGAAGGAGAAGUGUUUUGUGAUGCUCAGCGAAAAGGAGAAGGAAUUGAGCGUGUUGAGGGAGGAGAUGGAGAAGUACGUGCACGAUUUUAAAUGUGUGAGCGGAUUGAGCGCAUCACAUGAUGUGAAUGAUACGUUAGAGGAUGCGAUAAAUGUGCUGAACGAGCGUAUAGUUGUGCUGGAGGAGAAGAAACUUUCACUUGAGGAGAAAAGAAACGAACUGGCCAACCACGCAUCGUAUCUUGAGGAGAAUAUCAAGCACCUGAACGGCAGGCUGCUCAGCAUAGGCAAGUUGUACCUAGAGAAGAAGGAGAUGAGUGACCUUGAUGAACACAGGGGCAGAAAAGAGAUGGACAAGCUUGAUAAUGAGCUGAUGAACCUCACGAUUGAAUCAAACAAUUCGAUUCUGCUGAGCGAGCAGGCACUGCAACGAGCAAAGAUACAAAUGGAUCGGAUAGUAGGUGAGAUAAGGAAUGAGCAGGACGAGGUGAGCAAGGAGAUUGUAAAGUUUUAUGGGAUGAUGAGCAAUGACUUGGAGAAUGCUGUUGCAGUGGCAAAGGAAAUUGGAGAGUUGUGAGGACCUUUUGAUGGAACAGAUGGCAUGUGGUACUGUGGCGAGGAGAAGUGCCCUGAAUUGAAGAGCGUAAUUGUAAUGUUUCCUGAUCACAAUAAUUGCAUACACGACAGAUUCAUUCUGCUUGUUAAUUUCAGCUCUGCUCUCAAACCAGAACGUGCCAGAGAAAAGGCGUAAUUUGGAGGUGGUGCCCACGGUUGGUGGUUAAAGGUACUCAAACGAACGAAAUAAUCUUCAGUGAUGCACUGCAGUACAAAACUAAGUUUAAAUAAAUUUAUUAUCAACACGAA